ACCACACCACACGCACCACCCACCACCAACAAUCCAGCCAGCGAUAUCCCACACCCCCCUCCGUCUCAUUCCUCAUCAGCGCCACCGCAAUCCAUCUAGAUCAUCAACAAAUCCCCCCCUGGCCCCUCUCUCACACCCACCCCCACGCGCAGUAACGACAUCCACCACGGGCGGAGGGCAACUCUAGGGACAGACGACAGGACCGCCGGACCGACCGACCGCCCGGCCGCGCGCGCGCGCAAGCACGCACUCGGUGCUCGCUCGCUCGACCGUUUGAUCGAUCGACACACCGCUCCUGGCCUCGCGCUCACGCCCCGCCCCGCUCAAACGCAACGCACGCACGCACACACGCACGCCGGGGUACGACUGUGACGCACGGCGCGCCCGCACCACUGCACGGCACGGCACGCAGGCACUCACCAUGACCGCGCCCACCGCCGGUAUCACCAUCGACACGGUGCUGCUGUGGCAGCAGCAGCACGCGCCGCGCCCGCCCGUCUCGGCGUGGGAGCGCCGGCCGGGCGCCAUGGCCGUCUUCAAGAGCUCGCGCGCGCGCCCAAACAAGCACCAGUACGGGUGGGGCAACCUGCCCGAUCAGCUGAUUCACCGGAUCGUCUCCCAUGUCAACGACGCCACGCAGCUCGAGCUCAUCCGCCCCGUGCCGCCGACGCAGGCCGCCGUCGCGCUCGCACUCACGCAGCGCAAGUGGCUCUCGGCGGCACGGCUCGUUUCGGCGGGCUGGUGUGCUGCAAUCGACUCGCACCCGUUUUGGAUACAGUACGAAGCAACACUCAGCCCCGCGACCACCGACGAUGAUCAAAACAUCAACAAGACGGGCCCGUCGCUCACUCCGUACCAGUCGGCGCGCCGCGCCACCAUGGCAGUGUGCAUACCCUGCCGUCUGUCGCUGCGCAACCCCUACCCGCCCGGCCGUGGUUUGCCCGGCCUGGCUCAGCGCGUGCCGACAUUGCUCUUUGGCCCUGUCGCCUCGUGCCAGUUCCACGCCGAGGGAGGAUUCUGUCACGACUGUCUCCGCGAAAACGUCCUGUCUGCGGCUGGCCGCGACUCUACCGACCCCAUCUCGUUGCGCAUCACCGACCCAAAGGACUGCGACGUCACCGGCGAGGUCCGCGGUCGCCGCUACACGUGUCACAACUGUCGCCAGGCGAUCAUCUCCGCUGCCAUUGAGCGCGAGCUCAUCAUGUGUGCACGCGGCACCUAUGUGCGUGGCCUCGACGCCCCCUGGCACUACACUGCCCCGUUCCAGGACUACGUGUGGGAGGCCGAAGGAUCCUCGGAAAGACAAGCCAAGCGCGCUGUCGAGGAGCACUUCCUUGGUCAACACACACGCUGGAACGACUGGGAACGCAAGAUGCUCGAAGUCCAGCGCGACCUCACACUCCUGAAGUUGUUCCACUACGAGUGCAGGCCGGCGAACAUGAUUCGCAACCAGAUCGACAAGGUCCGCCAGUUCUGCGCCCUCGUCUGGGGCGAGGAGAACGAGGAGCUGGUCGACUUUAUGCGACUUCAGCGCGGGUGGCGCAACGACAUUGACAGCGGCCGGUACACCGAACGCGAUUAUCGACUCGACUUGGCUCGCUUCCGUGCCGGGCAACGCGACCAGAAGCUCUGGGACUACCUGCGGCUCUUGCUGCACGGCGUUUGCAUCAACGCGUGGGCCAACGACCGCGUCGAGUAUGGUCUCUGGGUCCUUCCCAGCGACGACAUCGACCAACGCCUCAUGCCCGACAAGUCGCUGUUCACUCCAUUGCGCGAGUAUGCCCUGCUCACGUUCAACCCUCUCAAGCACGAAGAGGCGAGGUUUGGUGCUACCAACCAGAACGCGCUUGCCAUGGGCGAGGGCCAGUUCAAGUUCACCAACCCCACUGCCAUCCUCCCACCCGAGCGCAUCCUCAACCUCAUGAACGAAAAGUUCACCUCGCUGCUGGUCAGACGACUCGAGAUGCCCCUCUCGACGAUUGUCGAGUACAAGAGCAUGUCUUGUCGCGACGGCGAGGCCGAAAAGGUGUGCGAGGCGAUGCAGCUGCCCGACAUUCUGGGUCUGCUGCGCGACCAGGCGGGCUGGCUGGAGGGAUGGCCGUUUGAGCCCGAGGACCCAAAUCCCGGCUGGAGACCAACGACACGGGGUGAGGAUUCUGUGACCGAGCCGGCGUCGCCCCGCAUCGAACUUGUCAAGAUGGAGACGGACGACGACGAUGUCCAAGUUGAGCGCUACGGCAUUCUUCGCGACGGCUGGAGCGACGUUGAGGAGGACGACGAGAUGAUGAGUGAAGACGGCGCGUCUCUCCGAGCCAUAACUCCAGAGGACGACGACGAGUGGGAGGACGCCUCGAGUGAAACCGACGGUCCAGAGGAGGAGGAGGAAGAAACGAACGACGAGCCAACAGGCCACCCCGUACGCCCUCGCCUAGGUGAACGCAACGCGACGUACAACUCGAGCGAGGGCGAGUCGACACGCACGGCGCUUGUGACGCCAGACGACAGCCCCGACCUCCUCGUCGGCAGCAUCCAGCUCGCGCCGAUCGACGUCGACGAUGUGGCCGUGACCUUUGCCCACCAAGUCCCCUCCACGCCGCGCAAUGUCGAGCCGGUUGGCGCCAUGUCGCCGACAUUAGGCAAGCGCAAGUCGCCUGGCGACGACGACAGAGAAGAGCCGCCUGCACGCCGCCGGUCGCCGCAGACCUCGCACGGCAGUGACGCUGGCUCGACAAUCGUGUCGCUGGAAUCCGAGGACAAGUCGCCGUCUCUUGUGAGCAUGAGGUCGUCGCCGAGUGAACCUGCCGUCUCCGCCACCGCUGUCCCGGCCUUCAACAAACCAACGCUUCCGACCCCCCCGGCGUCGGAGCCUACCAACAUCCAAAAGGCGACUACCCCGGCACCUGCCGAGCCCGCAGCUCCUGCCAUCAUCGCCAUUCAGCAACCUGUAAAACAAAACCCAACCCCUACGCAGCAAGUGGUCCAGCGCGCCUUGACGCCCGAGUCGGACGACUUUUCGUCUGCGACGUCGACGGCGUCGUGGGACGGCCCGAACGAAGCCGCAUACGUCCCGCCGCGCAACGUCCAGCUCGGGCCCGGCACGACGGGCAUCCUGAGCGCGGCGUGGUGGAACGCAUGCGAGUCGAUCGCGUCGGCGCAGCGUGACAAGAUCCACCCGAUGAACCCCGCGUCGGUACGGCACACGGCGUGCAUCUCAGACAUGGCGGGGAUGCAAGACGUCGGAGUCGGCAUCCACAAGGUCGACCUGGCGCCGGGGGUGGAGAGCACGAUGCUGCACUCGCACGCCGCCGAGGCGGAAUGGAUCUACGUGCUGGCCGGGAGCGCGGUGUGCGUGCUGGGUUGGGGCGGGGAGGUAGAGGAGCACGAAGUGAAGGCGGGCGACUUCAUCGGCCUGCCCCCCGGCCCACCGGCGACGACAUACGCGCACCUGCUCCGCGCCGGUCCCAGCGGCACAAGUUACCUCCUCGGCGGGGACCGGCGCCCGCUCGACGUGAUCAGCUACCCGCCCUACGCCGGGGGCGGGGCGCGCACGCUCGUGGUGGUCGGCGAUGACGAGGCCAUGUUUGACGGCGUGGGGGAAAUGCACCACCACCUCGUCGACUCUGAAUGGCUGUACAUCCUCUCCGGGUCGGCCGAGCUACGCCUCACGCCUGCCGACGCACGUCCGGGCACCUCGGGCCUGAUCACCGCGAACGCGGAGGACACUGCGGCGGUGACGAGCGUGACGGUCAACGAGGGCGACUAUGUUGCGUUCCCUGCGGGGCCGGUCGGCGGCGGGUACUGGGCCCACACGUUGGUUGGGGGGGCUGGGGGGGUCAAGUACCUCAUUGGGGGGAUGCGGAGCCAGAGUGAUGUGUGUGUUUAUCCUCUGUGA